UGUCAAGUUUCAACCGUCUGAAAACACAUCUUCAACUGCCUUAAAACCGUGUGUCAUUACUGAAUUUACCACUUGCAUUAUAUAUACAAUAUAUGUAAGCUUCAUCAACGUUCUUGGUUUCACUUUUUGGACUCUUCUUAGAAAGAAUGAUAUAGACACCUAAUUUGACUACUUUAAACGUUUCAUAUAAAACUCUCCUUUUAAUCCUAUAACCAAUAGCAAACCCGUGAAUGAUUCAUCUCACCAAAACCUGCAACUGAAUACCCUAGCAAUCUAAACUAAUCAUGGCAUUGACCAUGAUCCAUUUCAUCACUUGUUCUAUCCUUCUUGUUUUGAUUCCUAUUGCAGCUUCAUUCUCCUUCAAUUUGCCAAACAUCGGUCCACAAAAUCAGAACCGGGAGAUAGUUACAGAAGGUGAUGGUGCUUACAUCUCCGACGGUGGAAUCCAAGUGACCCCAGAUGGGAUUGGUUCCAAUCGGAGCCGAAAAGCAGGAAGAGCGACAUACAUCAGACCGCUACAUCUUUGGGACAACAGGUCCGGUGAGCUAGCCAGCUUCAGUACCAAUUUCACGUUUGUCAUUGAUUCAGAUGGGCUCACAAGGUAUGGUGAUGGCCUCACAUUCUUUCUUGCUCAGAAUAAUUCUGUGAUGGGCGCUGGUCGGGCCAUGGGGCUUCCAGUCAAUUUCACAACCGCUGAGACGAUGAGUCGAUUCGUUGCGGUUGAGUUUGAUACUUACUGGAAUGGUAUUGAUCCAUAUGUCUCUGGAAAUAUAACUAUGGGUGAUCAUGUUGGUAUUGAUAUUAAUUCUAUAGUUUCUGUUAGAGCUCUGAAAUGGCUAAGCAAUGUAACGGGUGGGGGCGUGUGUCAAGCGUGGAUUGCGUAUGAUUCAGUUUCGAAAAAUCUUAGUGUUUCCUUCACCGGUUAUCAAAAUAAUACGGCGGUGCGUCAAGAUGGACUUGUUUACACGGUUGAUCUGAGGAACGAGUUGCCCGAAUGGGUUAUCUUUGGGUUUUCUGCAGCGACUGGAGCAUCGUUCCAGAAGCAAAAUGUGAGAUCUUGGAGUUUCGAUAGUAUAGAUUUACAAGUUGAUGAAGAUAACGAAAUGCAACCAAGCGCGAGUCCUGAUCCAAUAAAUGGGAAAAAAAGCCAAGUGGGAUUAAUAGUUGGAAUAUUGGUUCCAAUUACCUUGUUGGUUGUGCUUGCAUUUGUUUGGUGGAGGAGGAAGAAGAACAGAGAAGAUGAACCAGAGGAUAUUGCAUUUAAUGAAGAGAUGAACUAUGAAUUUGAAAUGGGUAUUGGUGCCAAAAGAUUCCAUUACCAUGAAUUGGCUCAGUCAACUAGCCACUUUUCAGAGAAAGAGAAGCUUGGAGAGGGGGGUUUCGGGGGUGUUUACCGAGGUUUUUUGAAAGAUUCGAGCACAUACGUUGCAGUGAAAAGGGUGUCAAAGAGUUCAAAACAAGGGUUCAAGGAAUAUGCAUCAGAAGUCAAGAUCAUUAGCCGAUUGAGACACAGAAAUCUAGUGCAACUCACUGGUUGGUGCCAUGAGAAACGAGAACUCCUCCUUGUUUACGAGUAUAUGGAAAACGGAAGCUUAGAUUCACAUCUUUUCAAGGCGAAGAGCUUGUUGACAUGGGGCACAAGGUACAAAAUUGCCCAAGGUUUGGCUUCUGCUUUGUUGUAUCUGCAUGAAGAAUGGGAGCAAUGUAUUUUGCAUAGGGAUAUUAAAUCUAGUAACGUGAUGUUGGAUUCGAAUUUCAACGCGAAGCUGGGUGAUUUUGGGCUAGCUAAGUUAGUUGACCACGAGAAAGGUUCGCAGACAACAAUGUUAGCUGGGACCAUGGGGUACAUGGCUCCUGAAUGUGUAGUGACUGGAAAGGCAAGCAAGGAAUCAGAUGUGUACAGCUUCGGAGUUGUUGCCUUGGAAAUAGCGUGUGGACGGAAAUGUAUUGAGUUCAAGGCUGAAGAAAAUAAAAUACGGUUACUAGAAUGGGUUUGGGAGCUCUAUGGGACCCGGACCCUUCUAGAUGCGGCCGAUCCACGUCUAGAGUUAGAUUUUGAUGAAGAAGAAAUCAAGUGUUUAAUGACAACUGGUCUAUGGUGCGUGCACCCUGACCCAGAAUUUCGUCCAUCAAUGAGACAAGUGAUUCAAGUAUUAAACUUUGAAACCUCAUUGCCUAUACUCCCUUCAAAGAUGCCAAGGGCUUCUUACUUCACACCUCCCAUGCCUUCUUUGUUUGACGUGACUUCCAUCAUCCAAAACCAAGCAUCAGGAAGCACAGAAUACACAGAUUCCUCAAAGCAAACAACGGCAUCCACGGCCUCUUCUUCUUCUCCUUCUAUAUCACUCCUGCAUUCAAUACAUUGACAUUUAUCACAGACUACCAUUUUUAAAUUAUUUGAACGAGAUUAUUUCUUGGAAUAUAUUAGGGUUAUGCUUAUUAUGGCUAGCUUGUUAGGGUUAGAUUUUUCUUCUUUGUUUAUAUAUGCUUGUACAUUGCAUCAUACAAUUUAUCAUAAUAAAAUAACUCGUUUACCUUCA